GAUAAGCCGGAGCUGUCCCUGGUGCUGAACUGCUACUAACGCACAAGCCAGCGGCGUCCACAGCUCUCUCUCCCCACCCGGCCACACUUCCUCCACUCCCACCCCCUUCCCCUCCACAACAGCUGUAUUCUCUACAAACCCAGCGAGAGAGGGGACCUCCCAGCCCACUAAUAUCCAGCUGCCUCGGAAAAGUAGUUGGGAGAGGCGAGACAGACAGGGAGACACAGAGAGAGAGAUUGCUGGAAACUGGAAUGAAUGGAAACGCGUUCUCUCGCUGCCGACCCGACAUGAAGGCGACGUUUCUGCUGCUCGUGUCUCUACUCCUCGGGGUCUACAGUGAAGAUGUGACUGUGCGUAGUGUGGGUGGGGUGAGCGUUGGUGAGCUGGGGAUGGAGCCCAGCACCAUGGCGACCACCACACCACCAGAGGACGACUUUCACUUUGUCAGCACGACACAAAGUGUGAACAUCAACAACCACCACCCGCUGCUGGAGGAGUUUGCCCACGAGUCGCUGCUGGAGAAGACGUAUCUCGGUCAGGAGAGAUUCUUGAGGGCCGGAGCCAGGCCGGGGCCUGCCCUGCCCCAGAGUCCACCACCGCAACCUUCGCCCGCGGGCCUGAUGGCCACCGCCCACACCGCGGCGAUAUCCGAUGUUGCCACCACCGCCAGGGUGGGCCACAACUCGCCGAUGACCACGGCGGGAGGUCAGGGGGCUUUGGUGACGGGCGCGGCCCCGCUGGUCAAGGUGCCGGCCGGAGCGACGGCACAGAUGGUGGCCACCACUGACCCGCUGACCACGGCCGCGGUGAAGGCGGACGCCGCCCCUGGAAGCGACCGAGGAUCGGCGGGAACUGCUCCGGCCAGCCCCCCGGUGACCCCUCGGGCCGGAUCGCCGACCCCGCCGGACGCUAACGGCCGCGACGCCAACACGGGCCCCGUGACCAACGACACCCCCACGCCCGUGGCGGCAGCGGUGAACGCCCCCGGCACACGACGAUCCCCGGGGCCCAGCGCCCAGACCACCCACGGCCCCAACACCGACCUCACCCUCACCUACACACCCUACGAGGCCGAGGAGGAAACUACCACCACCACCAUCAUCACCACCACCAUCAUCACCACCGUGCAGACUCCAGUGCCGUGCAGUUUCAAUUUCACCGACACAAAGGGGUUUGUUGAAUCUCCAGAGUACCCAAGUCACCUGUUCUACAGCAACCUGGACUGCAUCUACACCAUCACAGUCUACACGGGAUACGGAGUCGAACUUCAGGUGAAGAACAUCAACGUGUCGGAGGGGGAGACGCUGACCAUUGAAGCACUGGAUGGAGACGGUCCGACGGUUCUUGCCAACGAGUCCAUCUUGAUGAAAGGCCAGGUGAUUCGCAGCCCGAGCAAUCGACUCUCUAUCCAUUUCCAAAGCAUCCAACUCCGAAAGCCAGGCUCCUUCCAAUUCCAUUAUCAAGCCUACUUGCUGAGCUGUGGCUUCCCGCAGAAGCCGUUGUCUGGCGAUGUGUCGGUCACCAGCCUGCACCCCGGCGGUCUGGCGCAUUUCUACUGCAACUCUGGCUACCGGCUGCUGGGGUCACCGUCGCUCGCCUGCAUCAACGCCAGCAAGGCGCGCUGGAGCGACACCGAGCCCCAAUGCAUCGCUACCUGUGGCGGGGUGAUCAGGAACGCCACUGUUGGACGCAUCAUCUCGCCAAACUUCCCGGCCAACUACAGCAACAACCUCACCUGCUAUUGGCUGGUGGCCUCUCCACGGGGGCAGAAACUCCACCUGCACUUUGAGAAGGUGGCGCUGGCUGAAGAUGACGACAGACUCAUCAUUCGGAAUGGGAAUAAUAUUGAUGCGCCGAUCGUAUAUGAUUCCUAUGAAGUGGAGUACCUGCCCAUUGAAGGCCUGGUCAGUGCAAGCGAACACUUCUUCAUUGAACUAACCACAGACAGUACCGGCACCUCCAUGGGACUGGCCUUAAGAUACGAAGCCUUUGAUCAGGGCCAUUGUUACGAGCCCUACAUUAAGUACGGCAACUUCACGACGGGAGACGCAACCUACCAGGUGGGAACGGUGGCUGAGUUCACCUGCGACCCAGGAUACACGCUGGAACAAGGGUCGGUGAUCAUCGAAUGCGUGGAUAUCCGUGACCCUCAGUGGAACGAGACGGAGCCAGCCUGCCGAGCCGUGUGUAGCGGUGAGGCCACAGACUCGUCUGGAGUGGUGCUAUCCCCCAACUGGCCUGAGGCGUAUGACAAGGGGCAGGACUGCAUCUGGGGCAUCCACGUGGAAGAAGACAAGAGAAUCAUGCUGGACCUCCAGGCGUUAACACUGGGAAAGAAUGACGUGCUGACGUUUUUCGAUGGGGAUGACCUGACGGCCAGAAUAUUGGGUCAAUACUCGGGAAACCACCAUCCCUUCAAGCUCUACACCACCAUGGCAGACGCCACCAUCCAGUUCCAAUCGGAUCCGGCCAGCAACGUGUUUGGGUACCAACAAGGUUUUGUCAUUCAUUUUGAAGAGGUCGCCAGGAACGACACGUGUCCGGAGAUCCCGGAGAUUCUCAACGGCUGGAAGACGACGUCCCACCCGGAGCUGAUCCACGGGACGGUGGUGACCUACCAGUGCUACCCGGGAUACGAGCUGCUCGGAGCCGACAUCCUCAUGUGCCAAUGGGACUUGUCGUGGAGCGGCGACUCACCCCGGUGUGAGAAGAUUAUAUUCUGCGCUGAGCCAAGGGCCAUUGACCACAGCCGCAGAGUCGUUUCAGACGCCAAGUUUUCAAUCGGGUCGACAGUGCAAUACGUGUGCAACAAGGGCUACGCGGUGUCUGGCAGCAGCACCUUGACGUGCUACAACAGGCAGUCCGGCAAUCCCAAGUGGAGCGACAAAGCACCAAAGUGUCUACCGGAAAUCUUUGAGCCGUGUCGUAAUCCCGGGGCACCGGACAACGGUUAUCGGACGGCAGAGAAGACGGUGUACCAGACGGGCGAGAUCUUGCGGUUUGCCUGCUACGAUGGCUAUGAGUUAACGGGAGAUGCCAGCAUCAAAUGCCUCCCUGGUCACCCAUCAGAGUGGAGCCACCCACCACCCUUCUGCAAAGUUACCUAUGACGAGUACUUCAAUGAAAGGAGGCUGGAAGUGGCCAAGGCAGCGACAACGGCAGGCCAGAUGGAAGGCAGCAACAUUGCCAUUGUGGUUUUCAUCCCCAUGAUUGUCAUCGCUCUGCUCAUAGGCGGCGUCUAUUUCUACUUCACAAAGUUCCAGGGUAAGUCAACGCUGAGAUUGCCACUGGCAGGAACCCUCCCGUACAAUCACAUCACCGUGGAAUCGGCCUUUGACAACCCCAUAUACGAGACUGGAGAGGCACGGGAAUAUGAAGUUUCAAUUUAAAGACGGACGUUCCUCGUUACAGAAAAACACUUUCCAGAAUCUCUCUCUCUCUUUCUCUCCCCCCCCAUCUCUUUCAAUCCUUCUCCUCCUGCCCCUCGCCACUGUUGAACACAAACUUCCCGGAGCCUGUUUCUCAGAACAGUUUUUUUGCUCUCCAACGAGAAAAAAAAAAUAAAAAGACUAGAACACAACAGCGUCCGUCAAUCUGCUUGUCCAGUGAGUUGGAGUUUAGUAUUAGAUGUUCUCGUACAUCCCUGUGUGUGCAUUGUCACAUCAGAAUUAUUCUUCAGUGUUAAAGAAUGCCAUUUAGAAAAAAAAACUAUCUAAGUCAUGGAGCUUUUACUAUGUAUUUAUUCACUUGUUUUAAAAUGUAAAAUGUUUAAAAAAAAAAUGUAGAAUGGUUGUACUGAUGCAUUUUUAUCUUUCUUGCCGUGGUGAAUGGCAAGACCUGAAGCUGAACAACGUGUAUAUAGACACAGCCCAGGGGAGAUACAACUAUUUCUCCAUUCUCAGUAGGUUCUGUGUCGAUGAAGAAAAGUAUAAUUUAAAAAAAGUUGUGGUAAAACUUAUAAACAUUCAAGGCCAUCCUGUGACCCCCCCCUCCCCUUCCUCCUCCCUGCGAGCGCUUCCCAUUCUACGCAGGUCCACCACCGAUAUUCCGGCACCCUUGGUUCCAGUGGCUUGCCGGAUUAUCCAUGUUGCCGGACCGACAGAGGUCACGGCCUCCGAUCGUUUCGCCGAACACCUUAGCUCGGUCCGCAUUAACCAACCUGACCUCCCCCCGUGGCUCAGCACUUCAACUCCCCCUCCCAUUCCGUAUCCGACCUCUCUGUCCUGGGCCUCCUCCAUGGCCAGAGUGAGCACCACCGGAAAUUGGAGGAGCAGCACCUAAUAUUCCACUUGGGCAGUCUGCACCCUAGCGGCAUAAACAUUGAAUUCUCCACUUUCCGUUAGCCCUUGCUGUCUCCUCCCCUUCCUAGCUUGCCCUCAGUCCUCGGGCUCCUCCUCCCUUGUCCUUUCUUCUACCCUCCCCCCCCCCCCCCCCCC